AGUGUGGACUCAGCGGAGCUGCCCUCACCUGGGUGCGAACCCCGCCGGCCCGGGGUUGAGGGGGGACCGGUGGGCUGUGUGAUAUGGCAAUGAGCCCCGUGCUGUCGGAGUUCCUGCGAGAGCUCCCAGGCUGGUUCCUGCUCUCGGGCAUCUUCCUGCCCGUGACUUUGCUGCUGUUCCUUCUCAUUGCCUACUUCAGGAUCAAGCUGAUGGAGGUUAAUGAAGAACUGUCACAGACUCCUGAUCACCAACACAAUCAUAAGGCUAGCUCUUCCCGGUACCAGAGAAAGAAACAGACGUGACUGUUGGGGACUGAUCAAUGGCUAAAGCACAGUCAAUUUCUACUGGUCGGAGAGCAACGGUCAAUGGCUUAGCAAAUAGUUAAUAAACUAGAACCACAGCAAGACAAAAAGAACACUAAGAUGCUUGUUCUGAAAAGUGGUUCAAGAGGACAGCUAUGAGACUCGACUUAAAUAGCAGUUCUUUGGCGAGUC